GUGAUAGUGAUAGUAAUUUAAAGAUCACGUGUACCUAUCGACUAUCAAUAAUAUACCUUGUUAGUUGUUAUAAUUUAUAUCCAUGCCCUUGCCCGGCUUGCCCUAUGGUAUUUUGUCAGUUGUCACGAUAGACGUCCAAUAAAACAAAAAACUGUACCAACUCAAAUACACAAUGGCUUGUAAUAAUGAUCAAUUUUUGGAACAGAAUACACCGAAAAAUGAACCAUUAAGAGGAAAGUACAUGAAAAGUUUUGGGUAUCAUUCCCUGAUGCGUAGAAUGCCGACCGUGUUUUCUGAAAUAACUGGUUUAUUAAAAGCCAAACAAUUCAAUUUGGCGAACAAAGAAGAAAUAAACAAUGUUAUUGACAAAUUGGAACUAUUACUUUCUGAAAUACUGAACAAUAAUCCUCUACGAAAAAUUGAUAGUACUUCUACAUUGUCAUUGAUGUGGAAUCAAAUACUAGAAAAAAAGUUUAAUUCAGAUUCUGUUGUAACAUGGUUUGAAACAGAAUGGCUCUUUACUGAGAAUUAUUUGUACAUAAGAUUAAAAGAGAUAUUUGAAAAAACGAAAACGUUACAAAAUUAUGACCCUUUUAAACAACUUAAGUACAAUGCUUUUGAUGAAUCUGAAACAACUAUGAUAGCUAUAGCGGAAUUUUUAAUUAUCCAAUUUUCCAAGAAAGAAUUAGACAUUACAAGUUUGAAAGCUCUUUUUAAUCAAAUGUUAAAGAUUUGUCUGUGGGGAAAUAGAUUUGAUUUGUCUCUUAACAUAGGAAAAUCAAAAAACAUUACUGAAGAUCCGUUAGAAGCUAUUGUGUCCUUGGAUAAAUAUAUUUUGGCUGAUCAUUCAGAUGAAAUUUGGAACACUUUGAAUGUUUCAACAGAUAAAAGUCCCAAGAUAAUAGAUAUUAUUUUGGACAAUUCAGCUUACGAACUUUUUACGGAUAUGUGUUUGGCAGACUUUUUUGUUACUUAUGGAUUUGCUGAAGUUGUUGUCUUCCAUGGAAAAUCUAUUCCUUGGUAUGUCUCAGAUGUUACAAAACCAGAUUUUGAACAUUUUUUAAAUCGUCUAGAAAAACAAUGCACAUCCAGUGCCCUUCAAAAAAUUGGAAAUAGAUGGAACAAUUAUUACACAGCUGGUAAAUUUGUGAUUGAGUGUGAGGAGUUUUGGACUUUACCUCACUGUUAUUCAGCAAUGGCUAAUGAAGAUUCAGAGUUAUACAAAAAGUUAGGAACUUCUCAAUUAUUAAUAUUUAAAGGUGAUUUAAAUUACCGAAAACUAAUUGGAGAUAUCAAUUGGGAACCAUCAACUACAUUCAAGGAUGCCUUGUGUAGAUUUCAACCUACAGCUGUGGUGGCUUUACGUACAUUAAAAUGUGAUUGUGUAUGUGGCCUGAACUCUGACUAUGAAACCAAAAUUGAUGAAAAUGAUAAAGACAAUAAUUAUCUUAGUUCUACUAAUUAUUGGCAAGUUAAUGGCAAAUACGCUGUUGUACAUUUAAGUAAAUAACAAGCAUUUUAUUUCCCCCACACAAGUAAAUAAUACUUAUAAUAUUUUCAAUUUUGUAUAUUUUGUUAUUGCAUUCAUGUGUAUAGUGAAUCUUUAUUAUUGAAGCUUAAAGUUUUGCAAGGUUGUUAUUAUUUUGUUACUACUUAUAAUAAUAUAUUUUUAAUAAAGUAUCUUAUCUAUUUACAUUUUA